AUGCAUAUUCCCAUGGAUACCAAGCCACCCUACACUCCUCCAGCUCCCCCUCCAGUUGCCCCUCUGUAUACACCUCAGACAACAUACUCGCCCCAACCGGCCCCUCAGUACAUGCCUGGGCAACCACAAUGGCCCCCACGACCACAGGAAACACCCCAACCUUCCUACACACCUCAGUCAAACCCCUACAGCUAUAACAGCCUCCGCCAAAGUGCACUUCUCCUCUCAGCCGUCCGAAAUGGCAAAAAAGAGGAAGCAAUCCGCCUCAUUAAUGAAGGCGCAGACCCAAAUUACCGCGACCACUCUUGGGGCCGCUCGCCCAUAUCCCAAGCAGCGGAAUACGGCCGUCCCCAAGUCCUGCAGCUCCUCCUACAGCACGGCGUGAGCCCAAACUCUCUAGAUAUUGCAGGUACAGAGCCAAAUCAGGAUAAUACUGGCCGUACACCCCUGACGUGGGGAGCUAUUCGCGGACGAAAAGAGAUAUGUCGGAUCCUACUAGAUGCAGGUGCCGAUCCCAUGAUUGCAGAGAAAGACGGACGAAACGCAUUGUCAUGGGCUGCCGAGCACGGACGUGGAGAUGUGGUGAAGCUCUUCCUUGAACGAGGCGUGCCGGUUGAUGUAGCGGAUAGGUUCCGGGGACAGACGCCUCUCUCGUGGGCGGCUAUGGAGGGCCAUACCUUUGUGGUUGUGUUGCUUCUUGAGCAUGGGGCGAAUCCCAAUUAUGUGGAUAAGAGUAGCCGGCAUGCGUUGUCUUGGGCUGCGCAACAUGGGAACGAUACUAUUGUGCAGAUUCUGCUGAGGCAGAAGGGGCUACAGGUUGACUUGCGGGGAGCUGCGGGGAAAACGGCUCUUGCGUGGGCUGCGAGUCAGGGGAAUAGGAAGGUUGUCAACAUGUUACUUGAGAAUGGUGCGGAUAUCAAUCUACCAGAUAAUCAGGGACGGACGCCUUUCUCGUGGGCCGCAGAGAAGGGCUUUAGGAGUAUCAUGGAUAUUUUGCUUGAGAAGGGAGCUAUAGUUGGUCAGAUGAGGGUUUAG